AUGGCGUCAUCCGACCGCGUCCGGAACGUCUGUCUGUGGGUAGUAAAAGAGCAUGGAGAUAGGAAAAGCAGGCAGCAGAAAACGUCAGAGACAGAAGAGGGAACAGUUCAAAUCCAGGAAGGAGCAGUAGCGACAGGUGAAGAUCCCACCAGCGUGGCCAUUGCGAGCAUCCAGUCGGCGGCCACCUUUUCAGACCCUAACAUCAAAUAUGUCUUCCGAGCAGAGAAUGGAGGCACUCAGCUGAUGUACAGAGUCAUACAGGUGGCCGAGGGGCAGCUGGAUGGGCAGACGGAGGGCAGCGGGGCCAUCAGCGGCUACCCUGCAGCGCAGUCCAUGACCCAGGCUGUCAUCCAAGGAGCGUUUACGAGCGAAGAUGCCGUCGACUCUGAAGCUGCGGCCACCGAGACCCACUACACCUAUUACCCGGCCACCGUGGCUGACACCAGCACCUCUGCCGGAGCAGGGACGACUGCCGUGGUCACCACGCAGAACUCGGAUGCCCUUCUGGGACAAGCUACGCCCACCGGCACAGGUCAGUCGGGCAAGACCGCCGUCCCAGGUGGAGGUCGGACCCAGACUUAUCCUCCCACUGGGCUAUGAUUCUGUUGCUCUCCCCAAUCUUCCAAUCUAUGAAUUCGGUUAAAUAUUAAUUAUCAAUAUUCCAUUGAUAAAUGCUGCCUUUUGCCAGCAUUUGUGAAGCAUUUUUGACAGAGCCAAAGGAAGUGACAAUUUGAUAGGCCGAGAAGAGAGUUUCCCCACCAUAGAAACUUGUAGGCUGGUGGGCUUGCAAUUUCCGGAAUUGAAUUGACGGGGGAAUUCUGGGAGUUGAAAUCUACCCAUCUUAAAGUUGCCAAGAUUGAAAAAAAAAAUCAUUUCUCAUUUUUUUCUAUGUUGAUGAUUUUUAUAUUUCUCGUUUCACCUUUCUUCUUUGUAACUGCCAUUCUAAUAGCAAAUCCUUCCUAAAAGUUAUUGCACUACAUUCUUGCUUAAACUAUCUUUGC